CUACUCCUUUCAAUGGUCAUGAUAAAUCGAUACAAAGUGCAGAGUUCUCGGGACCCCUAUACACAAUAUUUGUUUGGAAUAACUUUAUUCGCCUGCGGAACCGUAAACCGGCCGAUGAAAGAGGUUUUUAAUUCCUCUGAGUGACUAUAGACCCCGACAACUUGAGUACGAUCAAAGGUGUUUGUGAAUUCAAGGAGAUGGCAGCUAGCAGACGGAAUUGAUUCAUUCUUCUCGCAAGCAUAGAUUAUUUCAUCAAAUCUCGAAAUCUCAUCACAUCUUGGUACUGACUUUAAUAUGAGAGCAGAAAUCUUUGAAAUGCGGUCAAGUUUUAGGUGACGAAAAUCGUUCAAUGCGGCUCAACGACACUGAAAUCGAGUUUUUAUGGUGAUGUCCAACGGCUGACGAGAUACUAGGAUCGAUUCUUAAUGCACAUGGUCAAGAGAAAAACAGGAACAACAUGAAUGACGAUAGGGCCAAACCUGUCAGCGCUCCUUCACGGGUAUCAAGUCGAGAUGAUGUGUGGAAAGACAUCCGUGACUGGGCAAAACCUAGCAGACGAACUGACGAUGACGAUGAUGAAGAGGGUGGCGAUCAGGGACGUAUUAUCGGCUCCCAGAUCAAAGACAACAUCACAGAGCAAAGACUCCUCGAAAGCAGAUUGCUUGAUUUAUCCAAGGAGAGGUAUAAGUUUAUAGUUCAUGUCGCAUGGCAGAGGAAAGCGUUCAUGGACAAGCAGAGAUGCAAGACUAGUGUUAUGAAAGACUUGCUCCGAAACGUAGAGACUGUGGAUCCGAAUUCGCCGGCUGUACAGAAGGGAAAGAAUCAGCGGAGUCGGUUAAACGAGAAACUCGAAACUUACCGCGAUCUGGUUCGUAAGACAUACAGUGAACAACGCAAGAAAGAACUGCAGACGUGCGCGCCAGAUCCGGAAGAAAUCAAGCCAAUUAUACCGGGAACCUAUGACGAUCCAUUGUACAAAACUGAACCGUCGUUCAGCGCGAGGAGCAAGAAGCGAAGUGGGUUUGAAGGAGGCAGGCGGCGAGCACCACAAAAUCCGACGAUGUUCCCCGCGAUUCAACCGCCGGAAAAGACCCGGCAGCCCAGUGUACCUCCGAACAAUACGCGACGCGGUACAAGCCGCAGUAAUGGGACAAAUCGCUUACCAGACGCGGUCGGAAUGAGAGCGGGACUGACAACCGCUCCAGGGCGGAAUAGCCGAGACAACCGUGACAACGGCAUGUUAAAUCUAUCAUCAGAACACAUACCUCGUUAUUUGAAAUACCGCUCGGUUUACGACGGGAGGUUUAAAGGACUUGAACGGUCACUGUCAGCGAGUUAUGACGGAAAGGGUGGUCCGAGUAUCGAAAACAUUCUAAGUGGGCUACCACGUAGUAUGUCUGUGGCUUUAUAGUAAAAA